CCCGCCGCCGCCGCCGCCGUCGCCGCGGUCCUUCCAGCAGCGCGGGCCGGUCGGACUGCUGAGGCAACCCGCGUCUGGCGAUGGGAAACGGCGCGGCCGCGGACCCAGGCUGUGGCAAAGUUUCCCAGACGCGCGUAUCCGGGCGCGCGGCUGCGGGCCACCCGUGACCGCUUCCAGAAGGGCUCCGAGAUUUUUAAUUUGGAAACAAAAUCCACCUCAUUUCCUUUGUCAAGCUCUCUCUCCGGGUGGCUAGCGGCGGGAGCUCCAAACUUGGGCACGGCGGCUCCACGGCGAGCAGCCCGGGCUGUGGAGGACCUCGGGACUCAGGUGCUCCGGCGCCCAGCGGGCGCGGGCGGGCUGGGGGGGUGUGCGCGCGGGGGAGUGCCGGCGCGCGGCGAGGAGGGUCCCCCGGGAGCUCUAUAUGGAGGAAGGAGCCCAGAAUGGUGUGCACCAGGAAGACCAAAACUUUGGUGUCCACUUGCGUGAUCCUGAGCGGCAUGACCAACAUCAUAUGUCUGCUCUACGUGGGCUGGGUCACCAACUACAUCGCCAGCGUGUAUGUGCGGGGGCAGGAGCCGGCGCCUGACAAGAAGCUGGAGGAAGACAAAGGGGACACCCUGAAGAUUAUUGAACGGCUGGACCACCUGGAGAAUGUCAUCAAGCAGCAUAUCCAAGAGGCUCCCGCCAAGCCUGAGGAGGCAGAGGCUGAGCCCUUCACAGACUCCUCUCUGUUUGCACACUGGGGCCAGGAGCUCAGCCCUGAAGGCCGGCGCAUAGCCCUGAAGCAGUUCCAGUACUACGGCUACAACGCCUACCUCAGUGACCGCCUGCCCCUCGACCGGCCCCUGCCUGACCUCAGACCUAGUGGGUGCCGCAACCUCUCCUUCCCGGAUGGCCUGCCAGAGGUGAGCAUCGUGUUCAUCUUUGUCAACGAAGCACUGUCCGUGCUGCUUCGUUCCAUCCACUCAGCCAUUGAACGCACGCCUCCACACCUGCUCAAGGAGAUCAUCCUGGUGGAUGACAACAGCAGUAACGAGGAGCUGAAGGAGAAGCUGACAGAGUAUGUGGACAAGGUGAAUGGCCAGAAGCCGGGUUUCAUCAAAGUCGUGCGCCACAGCAAGCAGGAAGGCCUCAUCCGCUCCCGAGUCAGCGGCUGGAGGGUGGCCACCGCCCCUGUAGUGGCCCUCUUCGAUGCCCAUGUGGAGUUCAAUGUGGGCUGGGCUGAACCUGUGCUCACCCGCAUAAAGGAGAACCGGAAACGGAUCAUCUCACCAUCCUUUGACAACAUCAAAUAUGACAACUUUGAGAUAGAAGAGUACCCACUGGCCGCCCAGGGCUUUGACUGGGAGCUGUGGUGCCGCUACCUAAACCCCCCCAAGGCCUGGUGGAAGCUGGAGAACUCCACUGCCCCAAUCAGGAGCCCUGCCCUCAUCGGCUGCUUUAUUGUGGACCGGCAGUACUUCCAGGAGAUCGGCCUACUGGACGAAGGCAUGGAGGUCUACGGAGGCGAGAAUGUCGAGCUGGGGAUCAGGGUGUGGCAGUGUGGCGGCAGCGUGGAGGUCCUGCCUUGCUCUCGGAUUGCCCACAUUGAGCGAGCCCACAAGCCCUACACCGAGGACCUCACGGCCCAUGUCCGCAGGAAUGCCCUCAGGGUAGCUGAAGUCUGGAUGGACGAAUUUAAAAGCCAUGUCUACAUGGCAUGGAACAUACCCCAAGAGGACUCGGGGAUCGACAUCGGGGACAUCACUGCGAGGAAGGCUCUGAGGAAACAGCUACAGUGCAAGACCUUCCGGUGGUACCUGGUCAGCGUGUACCCAGAGAUGAGGAUGUACUCAGACAUCAUUGCCUACGGGGUGCUGCAGAACUCUCUGAAGACCGAUUUGUGUCUCGAUCAGGGUCCAGACACAGAGAACGUUCCCAUUGUGUACAUCUGCCACGGGAUGACACCCCAGAACGUGUACUACACAAGCAGUCAGCAGAUCCACGUGGGCAUCCUGAGCCCCACGGUCGACGACGAUGACAACCGGUGCCUGGUGGACGUCAACAGUCGGCCACGGCUCAUCGAGUGCAGUUACGCCAAAGCCAAGAGAAUGAAGCUCCACUGGCAGUUCUCUCAGGCAUUCAAGCUGACCCCAGGGCAGGUGUCCAUAGGCCGGCCAGUAAUCGAUGACUGACACCGAAAGAGGAACUGGGUCAAUCAAAUUCUGCUGGCAAAUUUGCACGAUGACACGUCAAACAGUUAGUGAAGAAGGCCAGGAGCCACAACCAUACAUAGAGACAUGCCAUGGGCCCGAUCAGGGGCCCGGAAGGACCAACCAUGCCACAGCCUUGUGCGUGCCGAGGUCACAAGCGGGGAGCCCCAGCUGAGCUGGGCAGAGAAAGGAGCUGACGAGCGGGGGCAGCAGACCCCGGUGAGGAAGCCGGAGCACGUGGCCGUGACACAGACGGAGACCACAGCCAGCCCCCGCACUUCCACUUCAUCCCGGACCCCGCCCGUACACCUGCCCAGCCUUCCUGUCCCAGCCUUGGCUGAGCAGGCCCCUGUUCUUUACUGCAAAGUCUGACCUGAGCAGGAUCUAAAGACUUGAGACGCCGGGACCUAUUCACGGCCAGGCCCUCCCCCGU